AUGGCAGCUCCACCACCAGAGAUAUACUUAGCAGAAGGGUUCGAUCCAACCUCCCUCAAGGUCGCACAACUCAGGUCAAUACUACUAUCAUACGGACAUGGAUACCCCUCAUCGGCCAAGAAAGCAGAUUUAGUCCAAGCUUUCGAACAGAAUGUCCUAAGUCAAGCAUCUGCUUUACGAGCAGCAGCCUCCAAGAAAAUCAAACCUUCAAACAAAGGAAUUAUAACAGUAUCUGAGAAUGGGGACGAAGCACCUGCAGUACCUGCCAAACGACCCAGAGCGAGAUCGAGACGAACGACAACAGUCGAUCCUGAAAUUGAAGAACCAGCUGUGGCCGCAGUCGAGCCACCAGCCAAGAAACCUCGAGCAUCAGCCAGAAGUAGGAAAUCAGUAUCAAUCGAACCUGAGUUGAAGAAAGCAACAACCACUCAACGAAAACCUAAGAAAGAAUCAGUUCCAAUUCAAGAGGAAGAUGCGGAUGAUGGUGUAGAAGCUGAGAUAGAGGAUGAGACUACUCCUGCUCCAAAAUCAACCGGGGGCCGAAAGUCCCUGCCUCCCCCUUCUUCGACUCCAUCUCUACUUACCCCUGCAACGGACAGACGAAGAUCAGCUGUCGGAUCUUCAUCCUCCGCCACAACCGAACUCCGUACACCCAGUGUUGGACCCGAGAUUAAACCGCCUAGAAGCUCACGAAAGAGUGAACCGGUCAAAGUCAUGGACAAUGUAGCUGAGGAGAGUGAGAAGGAGGAAUCCCCCAAGAAACCUAUCAAACCUCAGACACCUAGAAAAUCGGUGGGCGACGAAUCUGGGUUCUCGGAUUUCAACCCUUUCCAAAGCGGGAGUGAAGCUGCGGCAGACAAGGAAAGAAGGAGAAGAAGAAAGUCUUCGCUAGGACUGGAGACCACCAAGAAACCCGCUCGACCGAGGUUUUCUGAACCUGCUCCUCGGGCCACCACUCCUACAACUCCAAUUUUACGACGUGUUGGUCCAAGUCGAGAGAAUCUCCGAACACCUCCAUCGGAAGUCAAAGCAGCCAUGAAAAGAGAACUUGACGCUGCCGUACAAUAUAAUCAAGCUGUUGAGAACAAGCUCAACCAAAUUACCACAAGGGAUGCCGAUGAGCCUACUCAAGUCACAGUCGAAUCACAUAUCGUCCCUGUCGAGACAAAUUCGUUGGUCAGAAAAGUCGAAAAUCAAGUUGCUACCAUCCCGGCAAUUCGAACGACUAUCCCACUAUCGGUUUUAUUCUUACUGUUAUUAUCGCUCUUAGCCAACUUCAAGUCUAAUUCGUCAUCUAUCGGAUACUGUGAUUCUGGAUCGAACACGAAUGAUAUAAUCCUCAAUCGACAAAGCGCCAUCGACGAUGUUCAAGCUUGCAUCGCUAGAAAGGCAUCUUUAGAGUUGGAUAAUCACGAAGCUGCCAAACAGGUUCAUUGUGAUGUCAAAGAUCUACCUUUGAUCCCUUUCUUACCUAGACCGACAAGCUGUACUCCCUGUCCGCCCCAUGCUGAAUGUGAAGAUGGUGCGAUCGAACAGUGCAUACCUGAAUAUAUCUUGACUCCCCAUCCUUUGACCUUGUUAUCCCCGAUAUUCGAUGGAUUACCUGGCAUGGGACCUGAAGCGUUCCCUCCUACUUGUCGACCUGAUACGGCCAAGAAGAGGAUGAUCGGAGGAUUAGCGAAAGAGCUGGAAAAGGAAUUGAGCAAAGGAAGAGGACUCAUUGUGUGUAAUGGAUUGGGUAAAGAUGAUGGCAGGAAAGGCGAAGGAGAGAGGUACGGUGUUGAGGAGAACGCGUUGCGAGAACGAUUCGCGGCUAGGAGAGAUCCAAAAUUCACUAGAGAACAGUUCGACGAGAUAUUCGAGUCCGCUUUGAAGGAUCUGGUGGAACAUGAAGAUGUGAUCGAGUCGAUCGAUGUACAUGGUAAAUCGUGGUAUGCCUCUUCCCGUACCGACUUGACUCUCAGUUGUCGAGCCAAAUUGGAGGCCAAGGAUCUCUUAGAUAGAUGGAAGUCUCAACUAGGCUCCACUGCCGCUGUAAUCGCUGCUAUUAUGUACCUCCAAUCCGAAGUCAAGAGACGUAAAGCCGAGAAGUAUAGAGCUGAGGAACUGGCUCAAGUCGCUUUGAAAAGGUUACAGGAUCAAGAACAAUCGCAUUACGUUGAUCCAGCCCUCACCCCUCACCCUUUUAUCCCUCCUGAUCAACUCCGAGAUCUGGUUAUGCCCCCUAAGGGAUCAACAGCAUCUCGCUCGAGACUAUGGACCAGAGUGCAAGAAUUAGUGGAGGCGAAUGCAAAUGUAGCAGUCAGGGAGAAAGAGGUGAAAGGAGAACUAUGGAAGACAUGGGAAUGGGCUGGGGCAGCCGUAGAGGGAGCUGAUAGUAGACAUGUGACGUGGGAGAGUUGA